UAUGCUUCCCCGUGCCACUAUGCUGCCCCGUGCCACUAUGCUGCCCCGUGCCACUAUGCUGCCCCGUGCCACUAUGCUGCCCCGUGCUACUAUGCUUCCCCGUGCCACUAUGCUGCCCCGUGCCACUAUGCUGCCCCGUGCCACUAUGCUGCCCCGUGCCACUAUGCUGCCCCGUGCCACAUGCUGCCCUGUGCCACUAUGCUGCCCCGUGCCACUAUGCUGACCCGUGCUACUAUGCUUCCCCGUGCCACUAUGCUGCCCCGUGCCACUAUGCUGCCCCGUGCCACUAUGCUGCCCCGUGCUACUAUGCUUCCCCGUGCCACUAUGCUUCCCCGUGCCACUAUGCUUCCCCGUGCCACUAUGCUGCCCCGUGCCACUAUGCCCCCGUGCCACUAUGCUUCCCCGUGCCACUAUGCUGCCCCGUGCCACUAUGCUGCCCCGUGCCACUAUGCUGCCCCGUGCCACUAUGCUGCCCCGUGCCACUAUGCUGCCCCGUGCCACUAUGCUGCCCUGUGCCACUAUGCUGCCCCGUGCCACUAUGCUGCCCCGUGCUACUAUGCUUCCCCGUGCCACUAUGCUGCCCCGUGCCACUAUGCUGCCCCGUGCCACUAUGCUGCCCCGUGCCACUAUGCUUCCCCGUGCCACUAUGCUGCCCCGUGCCACUAUGCUGCCCCGUGCCACUAUGCUGCCCCGUGCCAC